CUCAAAGCAGAGGUGACCCUGCGCAACACCGGGGUCAUGGAAUUCACCUUCGUGGUGCCAAACUGCAGCACUGGCACUGCAGCAAAGCCUCUGCCUGGAGUGCCCGUGGUCGUGCCCACCACAGGUUCCCUUGCACCUGGCCAGAAGCAAGUGUUGAAGGUCUAUUAUCUGCCAGGACAGCUGGGAGCCUUCCACAAGACUUUCCAGGUCAAAGUGGCUCAUCUGGAACCGGCAGAAAUCACCCUGAAGGGAAAGGGGACCUUCCCUGGGGUUACCAAGUACCGGCCCAGGAAGCUGAAAGAAGAGGAGAUACUGCAAGAGGAAGGAAAAAACCCAGAGGAAGAAGAAAAGGAAAAGGAUGAAUCAUCUGUGACCAUCUGUGAUGAUGGAGUCACUGAUGGGUCACUGAUGGGUCACUGAUUGUCACACCUGAACAACAGGCUAGUGUCCAACAUCUCCCCAGGGCCCCUUCAGCUGAGGGGCUCCCCCAGCAGCACACUGGGUCUGGUGGAACAGGUGGGAGGGUUAUUCCCACUUGGGAAAUUGGAGGAGUGGCAGCUGUGCUCCCUCCCAAAGCUGCCUUUGCUUGUGGCCAGCCCAUCCUCCAUACU